GCUGUCAGUUUUUUGCAGUCAGUAAACAAAACAAUCGUCGUGAGACGAUUUGUUUGCAAUUUUUCACGAAAUCAUGGAAAAUCCUCAAGAAAUGGACCAAGUUUCCCAGAAACUCACACGCCCAGUGAACAAAACAACUGAAGGAGUUGUUCCGGAUCUGAGAAAACUGACAAAACCGCAGCUUCUGGAGUUGAGAGAUCGGCAAAAAUUCCUUCUAAAAAAUAAGUCUCGCCUCCAGAAGCUUCCGGACAAAGGGAGAAGAAUCCAGGAGAUGCUAGAAAAGGUAGAAAAGAGGCUCCGGGAUCUCGAUGAAAUCGAUGAGGCUGCAAGGUUAUUUUCUGACCUCAAUAUCGCUUCCCGUGGGCAGAAAUCCCUGACAAAUCUCGAGUGGACAGGAAAAUGUGAUCCUCAAAGAGAUAUCGUGGUCGACAGUGAUGAUGAGGAAGUGCCAGAUCCUAUAAAAGUCCUGGCUCAGAGUAGAAAUCUCGAGAAAACUGUCAAAAUUCUCAAAGAAACUCCUCUGAUAACUAAAGAGGAUCUCCAGGAGAUUGAAUCCUUUUCCGAAACUCCGCAAACGUCCUAUCUUGUGGAGACUGAGCUUAGAAAUUCGGAUAAACUGCAGAAACUGAGACAGAAGUACCAAAAACCGCCACAAUCUGAUGAAUCCCGGAGCACUUCAUCACUUUCCGGGACUUCAGCAGAAUUGGAAGGGCACGCUGUUUUCUUGUGUGAAAAGGAGCAAGCGACAACGGGAAAGGAGAAAUUUCGACCGUAUCAAACAACCAAGAGCAAUGUUCACAAUCCAGAGGCGGAAAUUGAGCGAGGAAGUAGAAAAAAAUGGGAUCUGACAGCUGCCACUCCGCCUCUGCUUUCACAUCCGGGAGUCAAGAUGCUGACGCUGCAGGAGUCCCUGGAGCUCCAGCUGAAGAAGCAAGAGGAACUCAAGGCCUUAGAGAAGCAACAGGCCGAAGCGAAGCUCUUCCAGAAGUCUCUAAAGAUGACCGUAGACUUCCAAGCCAAGGAUCUUAGUCAGUUCUUCAAGACCUAUCGUGAAGUGCCCGAAUCCGACUCCCUGUCUGACAUUUCAGAGUCCAGCGAAUCUAUGCAGCUGGACAGCGCAGAUGAAGUUGAGGACAUCGAUGCUGUGGAGCCUAGAGGAGGAGUUUUAGUUAAAUUUAGCCAAUAAAUCCAUUUAUUUUGCCAAUAAA